GAUCAAGAUCAAUGAGAGCUGCGAGCAUAAGAGUAGGGAACAUAACCCUGGAGAUCAUAAAGGUGAUUCUUAGGGGCGCAUGGGCCCUGAAGAUCUGGAUUGGUUUAGACCUAAAAGGAAGUGGCGUCUGAUUGGUUAUUAAAAGUGAAAAAGGGCCCCUGCCUGGGCGGGACAGUCAGCCCUGUCACCGGGAUCUGGCAGUCUCGGCGGCCCGCCUUUGUGACGUGGCCCAGCCAGCCCCAGCCUUAGCUCCUGCGUUGGUGGUGAGGCCCACAGUCAGUGGCCCCGCUGAGGCGGGAGCGGGGCCAUGGCUGAGGCGGCAGAGCCCGCGGGCGAAUCCCAAGGCGCUGAAGUUCAAAGCCAGCGGCCCAUGGAAAAAGUCCUUGCGGUGCCGCUGAGGCGGGGUCCGAGCUCGGUGCUCAAAGUGUCCCAGCUGUUGCUGCGAGCCAUAGCUGCGCACAAGGGCCUGACGCUGGCCGUCCUCAAGAGGGAGCUCGGGAACGCGGGCUACCAAGUGCGCAGGAAGUGCAGCCGCCCCUCGAGCGAAGCGCCCGGGACUGAGGUUAAGGGCACGUUCCUCCGGGUCAGCGGCAGCGACGCCGCCGGCUACUUCAGGGUCUGGAAGAGUCCGAAGCCGAAGAGAAGGCCGGGGCGCCCCAGGCUGGAGGAGGGCGUCCGCGCUCCGAGGAGGGCCGCUCAGGUUCCCAGGAGCCCACGGAGGCGCCACGCGCGGCCCAGGGCGGCCAGGAAGGCCAGGGAAAUGUGGAGGCGGAGCGCGAGGGCAAACGUGAAGGCGAGGAAGACGAGGCCAAGAGCUAAGGAAGCGAGGGGCAAGGCGAUGGGCGAGGGGAGAGGAAGGAGCACGAAGGAAGACAUCAGACCUAGGACCCGAGAGGAGAAGAGGCCAAGCUCGAAGGCCAGAGAAGAGAAGAAGCAGGACCCCGAGAAGUCGGGGAAACGGACCAUCCAGAAGCCAACCUCGGGUAAAACUGACCCAACUUGUAGCGGGCAGGGGAAGACCCAUGACGCAAGGUCCGCUCGCACAAAGACUUCCACUAAAUGUGAAGGUCCCAGGAAUGCAGCCGGGAAUCCGUAGUGUGGGAGCACCUUCCCUUCCUGCAGGCACAGACGCCUUUCCCACAGGCUCCGGUGAGGGCCGCUCCCUCUCACACUCAUUGAAUUGGACAAAACUAUUUACAAGUCCUUUCCACCUUA